CAGAUUUGAUGACGACUAAAUCCAAUAAAGAAAUUUGAUUGGUUCUCAUUUUCCGCGUACUUUCCGUUGAUUCGUUGAGAGGAUUUUGCUGAUGAAAGCUAGCACAUAGCUGAAUACCCACUCUGCCAAGAGGGCGAAUGAUCGUAAUGAUCUUUGGCUGCAGGGGCCGCCGCGGAUCACUGUGCUGGAACGAGGUCGACGGUGCGGUCACGUCAGGCCGGGGGAAAAUACGGUCAGCAUUCGCAGCAAAGCAGUAAUCUCCGCAGCAUAACCGACCAUGUCUGAAAAGGCGGACAUCGCUCUGAUCGGUCUGGCCGUGAUGGGCCAGAACAUCAUCCUCAACAUGAACGACCACGGCUUCGUCGUGUGCGCCUACAACCGCACAGUGGCCAAGGUGGACCAGUUCCUGGCCAACGAGGCCAAGGGCACCAACAUCAUCGGCGCCCACAGCAUGAAGGAGAUGGUUGACUCACUGAAGAAGCCGCGACGCGUCAUGAUGCUCGUCAAAGCCGGUUCGGCGGUGGACGCGUUCAUCGACCAGCUGAUCCCUCUGCUGGAGAAGGGCGACAUCAUCAUCGACGGCGGGAACUCCGAGUACCAGGACACGCGCCGGCGCUGUCAGCGUCUGGCCGAGCUGGGCCUGCUCUAUGUCGGCUCCGGGGUGUCCGGGGGCGAGGAGGGCGCGCGCUAUGGGCCCUCGCUGAUGCCCGGAGGCCACCCGGCCGCCUGGCCGCAUAUCAAGCCCAUCUUCCAGGCGAUCGCGGCCAAGUCUGGCUCUGACCCGUGCUGCGACUGGGUGGGUGAGGACGGCGCCGGGCACUUCGUCAAGAUGGUCCACAACGGCAUCGAGUACGGCGACAUGCAGCUCAUCUGCGAGGCCUACCACCUGAUGCGCGACUCGCUCGGCAUGAACCACGACGAAAUGAGUCAGGUUCUGAGCGAGUGGAACAGCGGCGAGCUGGACUCGUUCCUGAUCGAGAUCACGGCCAACAUCCUCAAGUACAAAGACUCGGACGGCCAGCCGCUGCUGGAGAAGAUCCGUGACGCCGCCGGCCAGAAAGGCACCGGCAAGUGGACGGCCAUCUCGGCGCUGGACUACGGCGUGCCCGUCACGCUGAUCGGCGAGUCCGUGUUCGCGCGCUGUCUGUCCAGCCUCAAAGACGAGCGGGUGACCGCCUCCAAACACCUCAAGGGCCCGGAGAACGCCAAGUUCAGCGGCGAUAAGAAGGAGUUUAUCGAGCAGAUCCGGCAGGCUCUGUACGCCUCCAAGAUUGUGUCGUACGCGCAGGGCUUCAUGCUGAUGCGGGAGGCGGCCAAGUUGUUCAACUGGAACCUCAACUACGGCGGCAUCGCGCUCAUGUGGCGUGGCGGCUGCAUCAUCCGCAGCGUGUUCCUCGGCAACAUCAAGGAGGCGUUCGACAAGCAGCCGGACCUCUCCAACCUUCUGCUGGACGACUUUUUCCGCGAGGCCAUCCACCGCUCCCAGUCGGCCUGGCGCGAGGUGGUGGCCACGGCCGUCCGGCUCGGCGUGCCGACCCCCUGCUUCAGCACCGCGCUGGCCUUCUACGACGGAUUCCGCUCGGAGCGUCUGCCGGCCAACCUGCUGCAGGCUCAGCGGGACUACUUCGGCGCUCACACGUACGAGCUACUCAGCGAGCCGGGGAAGUUUGUCCACACCAACUGGACGGGCACCGGAGGAAAUGUGUCCGCCUCCACCUACCAGGCCUAGGGAGCUGAGGGAGAGCGGAGAGGGAGGGGAGAGUGGUGUGAGGCGGCAGAGCGGCUGCGGCGCCCGGUGGAGGGGUAGAGGGAGACCAGAGAGCUUGGCGGCCAGGAAGAGGAAAGGAGGCACCUGAGAUGAAAUCACGGCUGGUUGGAACUUGACGGAACACGGCUGGAGCAUGUCUGGAAUGUUAUGCGACGGACGAGGGAGUUGGGAGGGUGAGGGUUGUAUGAUUUCUUUGUUAGAUGCGAGCUGGAUGGUUUUACGUUCAGCCUAUGCCCAUUUCAGAGCAGGGCUCAGUAAAGUAAGAUAUAUUUGGCUCAAGCCACUGCCCGAGAAACUAACUGAACGACUCAGCUGUUGAGUCUGGCGCAGCCUUGUUUGUACCGUUCGUUUUCUCCAUUUUCACACAUUCCAAUCCGACCCGCCGUUCGUACGCCCCCUCUCGGUGUGUAGCUCGUCUCUGUUGUCGCUGGGGCAGCCUGUCACCUCUCUCUGUUACCUUUCUGACGGAGCCGCCAUCGCUCGGCGCCCGGUGUCGGUUGUUGUCCUCCAGCUCCCGGUUGUGAGUUGUGAGGCCGGCGCGUUGUUGACUGCUUUAUCGCGAUAUACUCGGAUUGGUGCUCUGUCGAUGGGAGGACGGUCUCACGUGAUCUUUCUGUUUCGCUCGCGCGGUCUGUCUGUAUCGUGAAGUGCGCGUGGUGUGUGCACGGCCGUUUGGUGAGGUCUGUUAGUUGGAGACGCCGCGAACAAAGUUAUUAUGAAAUGAUAUAAGGAUGGUCUAUUGUAUGAGGAUGCAGGACCAAUAUUGAGAUGUCCUCAAACGAAAUGAAUAAAUAUUUGUAAAACGCG